CUCAAGAGAUUUGAAGAGGCCAGGUAGACUUCAGGAGAACAGCUCGAGAGAUCUGCAGGACACUUCUUUCAGUGGCCACAAGUAGCUGCUGUCUGAUGAAGCUGUGGCCAUGGCUGCUUUUGGCCCUGUGUGAGGGCGCAGUGCGGAAGCCGCGGAAGCUGAACGUACCCAACAUCUCCUUCAUCCAAGCUCCAAUCCCGAUGGCUUGCUUCAGUGUUUGCCCCCAGUUGAUGAACAUGGGAGAUCCCAUUCGGUUCAUGAACUUGCAGUUGCUUCGCACUGACAUCUCAAGUCUCCCACAGAUCGGAGACACGGUCAGCUCCUAUGUCUCCAACGUGACCACCUCGAUGUGCACUUACAGGGACGUCAAGGAUUGUAUCAUGAUGAACCCGUUGGAGUGUGGUGGCGAUGCGCAGACUCGCCGGCUAGAGAUACCGUCCACAUCUGUGCGACAGAAGAAGUUGCCGGUUUGGAAGCUCUUCCAGGAGGGCGGCCGUCCCUGGAAGGGCGUCAUGAAAGAGCGCGUCAAGAAGGCCAAAGCUGCCAAGCGUCAGCUGGGGGGCAACUAUGGCGACUAUGGCGACUAUGGCUAUGGUGAUGAGAACGGCACGACGACCUUGUACACCGCCACGACCUCCUUCGCUGGUGACGGGUGCGACGAGAUGACCUUGGAGCGAACUUGCAAUGCCAGCUACAACGCCAUGAUGGACUACUACAACGGCCUACAGGUGUCCCGCAUCUUUGAUUUGACUGCGGAACAGCUUCCAUCCUUGUGUGGUAUGCUGACCGAAUUGGACACCUGUGUGCAUAGCAUUCCGGGCUGCUGCUACGUCAUGGACGCUCCUCCAGAUGAUUACCGGGGCGGCCACUACAAUGCGUUGGACCUACCGGGCCUGAAGUUGUACUGCAACGUGUGGUCCAAUGACCCCAAGGUGGAGUACAUGUGCCAGGGGCCGCCCGGCACGCCUGUCUGCGACCUGGACACAUACAAGCCGGAUUGUUUUGCGCAAGUGAUGACCUAUUCACAGAUGAUUCAGGAUUACGGCGGUUGGGACUCCAGCAACAACGCUCCCUUUUUCACACAGGAACAGGGACGCGAGAUCUGUUUGGACCGGUCUUGGGCCCAUCACCGGGUGAAGACCAGUCAUGCCCAAGCCAUCUCCACCACCUUGGGCCCCUCCGAUCCUCAGUCCGGUUUGGAGAUCGACAAAUGCCUGACCGCAAGUCACUGCGGUUGUUCCUCUGCCCAGUGGGUGGUCCCUGCUUCGAUUCAUUUCAUUGCGCAAUACUGCCCUGAAACCUUUGGAACUAUGUGGGAAUACUGUAAUGACGGUGAUGGCAGCAGUGGCGGUGAUGGCGGCAGCGGCGGUUAUGGCGGCAGUGGCGGUUAUGGCGGCAGUGGCGGUUAUGGCGGCAGUGGCGGUUAUGGCGGCAGUGGCGGUUAUGGCGGUGAUGGCGGAGACAUGUAUGGCGACUGUCAAGUGGGCAUGCUAAUGAUGUGCAAUGACACUGUAGGAGCACAGAUGAUGAACAGCUUGUACCAGACAGACAACAUGACCGCACUCUGUGAGGGAUACCAGACGGUCACCAAGACGUGUCUGAUUGACACCAUGUGCUGUGGUGCCUUCGGGUGGGAACGAGGUUCCGACUCGGAGUUCGAGUUCUUUGAAAUGCAGACCAUGUGCAGAGACUAUGGAUUCGAGCUGGCCCCCUGCAUCCGAGAUGAAUCCACCACCUACUCAACCAGCCUGCCACCUGGGGAGGUCUAUCGUCCAGAGGAAUAUGUCUCCAUCGAGUGCGAGCGCUGUCGAGUCUCUUCUUGGACCUCGACGCAUCGGUGCUUCUCCUUCCGUGAGUCCCUCCAGUCCUGUUCGCAUGAAGCGAAGAAGACCUUGGCCUUUGGCUUCACCCUGGAAGACAUGGACCCCAACUGCAUGGACGGCACAGGUCACACCACAGGCUGCACCAUCUACACCGAUGAGUCCGUCAUCUUCAAACAGGGUGAGUGUGAUCGUUUCGCCCUAGCGAAGGAAAGCUGCACGGACUACACGGAAUCAGGCGCUUUCUACAUGAAGUACAGUUUCAUCCCCUUCAUCCUGCCGAGCAUCGGGGGCACCAUCCCGACCGAGAUUCUCACCGAGUGGGGUCAGUGGACGGAGAUCUAUCAGCCUCUGACUCCUUAUUGGAUGGCCAGCUCCGUGGACUGCGCCUGCGCUUGCCCUGGUGCUGUGAAGACUAUCGUGGAUUACAUGGUGCGACCCGGCAUCUUGAUGGUGAUGAAUGCAGAUCCAAUGCACCCAGCCUUGCAGGAGGAGAUGACCUUCCAGGUCAUGUCUGCUGCUUGCCCACUCAUCCAUGCAGAAAGUUGCUUCGCCCAGAACGCCGCGAAUUGUUCGCACAUCACCACCUGGUUGGAGGGUGUGAAGCAGCUCUCCAUCAUGACGGACUUCGCCUCUGUCACCGAAGCCGACUGCACGGCCGGCGGCCAUCCCACGGAUGGGACCAAAUAUAACCUCACCUGCGCAGAGGGAACCAAACGCUGUCGCACAGCGUACAUGCCCUUCUGUGAAAGCAACACCAUGAAAUGCAACCAAGGAAGCUGUGAGUCCAUGCAGACCGAGUGUCUCACGGUGGAUACCGACCUCUUCAGCCAGCCCACCGUCGGCUCAGCUGACCGCACUUGCGAGCCUGAAGAGCAGGGCUGUCCCUGCAAAGGGGACGAGGUGAAGUGCACGGGCUCCGGCGUCGCCUACUGUGCCAAGGCAGAUUCAGGUGGGAUGCCACCAUGCGAUGCACCCUGCAUUUACGACCACGCCUGGAAACCGUGCUUGCCCAGCCAGUAUCACGACGCAGCAAUGAAUGGCACCUUGGACUUCAGCGAUGUGACCCUGUGCACCGAUCUUCUGGGCUUUACCAAGUGCGUUGCAGAGUACAAGUGCUGUGGUGUUCUGUAUGGCGAACAAGGUCGCCCCAGGCUGGCACAGUGCGCAGAGACCUUGGGAAUGGAUGAGUUCGACCUCAAUACCUGCCUUGAUUACGAGCCAUACGGUACAUGGGGAAGCAGCGGCGGAGGUGCUGCCUGCCGAUUAGGAGAAAUGUAUUGCCGCAGCAACGUCUACGACUCCAAUGGUGAAUGGAACGAAGCAGCCACCAUGGCAGCGAAAGAGUUCUGCGUCCCAGAGUACGAAGGAUGCCCUUGCAACUCCGAAUUUGAGGAAAUGUGUGACAGCCAAGGAUUCAAGUUCUGCGAGAGCAAGAAGCUGGGUUGUCCCAGCCUCUUCAACGUGGAAUGCGAUGAAACUGUCGAGUUGCUUUGUAAGGAUGAGUUCUCGGCCUACUGUUGGGACAAAGAGUGGGGCAACUGCCCUCUCUUCUGCAACAGCACCCAGAUCUACUGCUACAGCCAGGCCUAUGAUGCAACGACUGGCGAGCCGGACUGGAACCAGCAGGGCAAUGAGUUCUGCGCGCCUGCUGCCACCGGCUGCCCCUGCGAUGCCACGUACGAGAACAAAUGCACUGACGAGUUUGGCAGCAGCUGGUGUCAGGCCAAGGUGGUGAACUGCCCACUGACCUGCACGGAGGAGGAGCAGGCCUGCUACCGGCCGGCCUACGGCUCGGAUGGUUACGAAGAUUGGUCUCAGCCCUACGUCGAGACCUGUGCAAGCAUCGAUGCGCAUUGCCCCUGCGAUCCGGUGCACGAAGAGCUUUGCCACGACUUGUACGGCAGCUGGUGUCAAGCAAAAGUUUAUGGAAGCUGCCCCUUGCACUGCUCUGCGACACAGAUGAUGUGCUGGAUCACUCCAUACACUGACAUGGGUGAGAUCGACUACCAAGCCGAUUGGAGCGCCUGGCAAGAGACCUGCGCUGAAGUCGCCGAUGGCUGCCCCUGCAACUCACAGUGGGAACGAAGCUGUACCAGCGGAACCUACAAGUACUGCGUCCCAAUCUCCGAGAGUUGCCCAGUGGAUUGCGGCGACAAGGGUUAUUGCUGGCAUUGGUCUGGCAACGAAACCUGCGAGACGGACACGGGAUGUGUGUGCGAGUCCAACGAGCUCUCGUGCCCGAAUCCGGACACCGGCCUCUCGGAGUGUUUGCCCAAGGACUUCUAUACAGAGUGCCCAUUGAUGUGCAGCGAGACGCAAGGCAUUUGUAGCACCAUCAGCUUCGACACCAGUGGAUUCCCGAUCUAUGCCGACUACUGCCACACCGGAGAAUGCCCAGUGCAGUGUGAUUCAGCGACUGGAAAGAGGUGUGGUAUCUCCGAGACGGAGAGCGACUGCGUCUUCAAGGACUUCUCCUGCCCAGUGGUGUGCACCGAUGCGCAGCAGUACUGCUGGGUGGAGAACUACGACAGCUCGGGCAUGUGGACGGGCUCCUCUGAGCAGUGCGUGAACGCUGGUGAGACGUGCCCGUGCGGCACAGGCGCCAAGAAGUGCAGCUUUGGUGAGGACGGUUGGUGCCAACCAUCCAGCGAACCCUGCCCGGUCUACUGCGAUCCGGUGAACGAGAAGACCUGCUGGCCGAUGGCCUUCACAGUCAGUGGUGAGCCAGACUAUGGGGCCACCAUCCAGGAGGUGUGCGUGAACGCCAGCAAGCCUUGCCCUUGUGGCGCCAAUGCCAAGAUGUGCCGAUGGGUGGAUGAAUAUGGGCAGUCAGAGGAGUUCUGCGAGCCGUUGACCAUGACCUGCCCCUUAACCUGCAAGGCCGACGAGCGGAUUUGCUACCUGCAGGACUACGACCCUGCUGGCGUGCCUUUGAAGGAACGACAGGCAUGCGAGAAGCGGUCCACUCCCUGCAAAUGUGGCCUCCGUGCUCAACGCUGCCAUGAUCCUCAGACGGAUGAGUACUUCUGCUAUCCGCUCCGAGAUAUGUUCACCAACACUUCCAUGCAGUGCCCGGUAUUCUGCAAAGCGGAUGAAGAGUAUUGCUAUGUGGACAGUUACAGCGCCAGUGGGCGAUGGCUCAGCGUCACGGAGAGCUGUGUGAAGAAAGGACAGCCAUGCGAUUGCUCUCAGGGGCAGAACGCCAGAUCCUGCAACUUCACCGAUGGCUUUGGGAACUACUGGCAGGAAUGCAUUGCACUGAAGGGAGGCUGGUGCCCACCCACCUGCGCCAGCGGACAAAUCACAUGUCCCGAGGUGGAGAAUUUCAUGCCCAACGGCACCUCCACAGGCUGGUCGGCUCCGCCCAAGUCCUGCGCCGCCAACUACGAUGCCUGCGGCUGCGGCCGAGAGGCAAAGAACUGUGGCGGCUGGGUCGGCUGCGUCUUCAAGGAUGAGCUUUGCCCAGUGACCUGCAGCGACACCCAACACAAGUGUUGGCUGAAUGACUUUGACACCAACGGCGAAUGGAUCAGUUAUCGCGAGGUUUGUAUCCCACAGGACCAGACUUGCCCUUGCGGCACGAACACCCUGCGCUGCCCUGGUGAAGAUAUUUGCUUGCCUGCGUCGCAAGCGUCGGUGGUUUGCCCAUGCAAAGAGUCGCAGAAGCAAUGCGACGUCAUGGACUACACCAGCACAGGCACCUUGAGUGGCAUGAACACCGUUUGUGUAGCCAUGAACACCAAGUGCCCCUGCGGAAAGAACACGCUCACGUGCUCCGAUCCCAAUGAUGCAGAAGACAACCUUUGCGAACCCAAAUAUGCUGGCAGCGUACUGAACAAAUGCCCCAAGCCAUGCACCCCAGACGAUGAAGCGCAAGGCAACAAGACCUGCGUUCAGACUCAUCUCUCGAGCACUGGCGAUUUCCUCUCAGAGACGAUCAGCUGCACCAAGGAAUGCCCGCCAGGCAGGAACAUGAAGAAGUGUGCCUCCGGUGCAGUGGUGCCGGCGUGGAAACAAUGCCAGGACUUCUACAAGCAGAGUGGCAACGCCACGGAAGUGGUGUCCGCCGGUGAGAAGCAGACAUCCAAAGUGAUUCUGACUCUUGACUCGGUGUCCUCAACGGCACUGAGCAACUCCGAGAAUGUGCGUGUGAUGGUGAACGCCGAACUCUACCUGCCUCAGUCGAUCUCCUCUUCCAUCACGGUGAAACAGUCGGGCACUGCCCGACGCCUCACCCAGCACAUGGGACGCAUGGGUCGCUACCUGGCCGCGGCACGGCGAAUGAACACCGGAGGAGCCGUGGAGUUGGGCUUUGAAACCAACGGAGCCUCAUCGGUGGGGUCGGACCAAGUGGCGCAGCAAGCGAAGAAGAUGGUCACCCGCCAGAGCCCGGGCAUGAAAUCCGCCUUGGACAACUUGGGCAGCGUGAACGUCAAGGCCGGCGUGGCCACGGCGACGACCACCAGCAAGGUCAAAACGCGAUCGCAAGCGGUGCAGGAGAAGAACCUGGCCAUCUUGGGCGUCACCACGACCACCACGACAACGACCACUACGACGACCACCACGACCACGACGACGACGACGAUGGCGAACACCACACAGGCUCCCGGAACUACGCUGAAAGACGGCAUGAGCAGUGCGGGUGGCAUGAGGCUUUCUGCCUGGAUCUUCACUGCCACUUUGCUGGUCCUGCACCCGGUCAUGUUCUGAGCCGAGCUGCGGUGAGGAAGCUCCCACAUCCGCAACCUCGUCCAGUCUCUC